UUUUCUCGUCGACACACAACAACUCAACUUUUUCAACAUGGCGGACGAGGAUGUACAAGCAUUGGUGGUGGACAACGGGUCCGGGAUGUGCAAGGCUGGCUUUGCCGGCGACGACGCGCCCCGCGCCGUGUUCCCCUCCAUCGUGGGUCGCCCCAAGCACCCCGGAAUCAUGGUCGGCAUGGACCAGAAGGACGCCUACGUGGGCGACGAGGCCCAGUCCAAGCGUGGCGUCCUCACCCUCAAAUACCCCAUCGAGCACGGCAUCGUGACCAACUGGGACGACAUGGAGAAGAUCUGGCACCACACCUUCUACAACGAGCUCCGCGUCGCCCCCGAGGAGCACCCGGUCCUCCUGACGGAGGCGCCGCUCAACCCCAAGGCCAACAAGGAGCGCAUGACCCAGAUCAUGUUCGAGACGUUCAACGUGCCGGCCAUGUACGUGAACAUCCAGGCCGUGCUCUCCCUGUACGCCUCGGGGCGGACCACGGGGUGCGUGCUCGACUCGGGUGACGGCGUGUCGCACACCGUGCCCAUCUACGAGGGGUACGCCCUGCCCCACGCCAUCAACAGGCUGGACCUCGCCGGCCGCGACCUGACGGACAACCUCAUGAAGGUGCUCACGGAGCGCGGUUACUCGUUCACCACGACGGCCGAACGCGAGAUCGUGCGCGACAUCAAGGAGAAGCUCACUUACGUCGCGCUCGACUUCGACCAGGAGAUGAAGACCGCUGCGGAGUCGUCCCAGCUCGAAAAGUCGUACGAGCUUCCCGACGGAAAUGUCAUCGUCAUCGGUAACGAACGCUUCCGUUGCCCCGAGGUGCUCUUCCAGCCCUCGUUCAUCGGCAUGGAAUCCUCGGGCAUCCAUGACUGCACCUUCAAGACCAUCAUGAAGUGCGACGUCGACAUCCGCAAGGACCUCUACGGCAACAUCGUGCUCUCGGGCGGAACCACCAUGUUCCCCGGCAUCGGCGAGCGCAUGACCAAGGAGCUCACCGCGCUGGCGCCGUCGACCAUGAAGAUCAAGGUCGUGGCACCCCCCGAGCGCAAGUACUCGGUGUGGAUCGGUGGCUCCAUCCUCGCGUCCCUGUCGACGUUCCAGCAGAUGUGGAUCUCCAAGGCGGAGUACGACGAGUCCGGGCCGUCGAUCGUGCACCGCAAGUGCUUCUAAGUGUUUUUUACUUUCUUCACCGCUUUGGUUUGUAGGCGAAGAGAGAAGCGCGUGAGGCUGUUGGUAUGAGAGGGUUGUCGUCGUUAUUCUGGCCGUGUUAUCUGUUCUUUGUCUCUUGUAAUUUGCACGUUUGGGUUUUGUCGGGUGUGUGAAAAGUAUUUUUGACAAUUUCGCGGCGGGGGUUUAAGAGUUCGGGGGCGUAGGGAACCGGAUGAUACCGAACGUCAGGGAUCUUUGCUCAUUUGAUUACUAAGGACAGAGCGGAUUUCCCAGGAUUCUGCGUUCCGUUGGUGAACGCGGGGUCGUACAUUCAUUGUAGAAAGUCCUUUCAGCAAACGCUUGGAUGUUGACUUUUGGUCUGUUCCCCCAGCUGGGCAACGGGGAGGGGAGAAGUACUCUUGCGGCUCGGGUGUGUCGUGUAGCCCUUUCUCUUUUCGCAGUUUGUGCCGCUGUUGCUGUCGGUGGUAUCACAUCACUCCCUCUCGUUUCUCUCUCAUGGUCCAUCCGACCGACCCAAACAGGAGUUUUUUGUCACCAUUAGUUUGGUUGAAAUAGUCGCCCAGGCGAACUACGUGAGGUGUUGUUGAGGCUUAAGUGCUUCCGACAUCUUGUUAAGCAUGUUGUGGCUUUCGUGGGAAAUUAAAACAAAACGUGCGAGCUGUUGUGGCUUGUAAAAUCGUAAAAA